AUGGCGCACGCCGCCUCGCAGCUGAAGAAAAGGGCGGAUGAGAACCUCAACGCAGUGGAGGAUGAGAAGGAGAAGAAGAGGGCGGCGAGGAAGCGUUCCCGCGAAUUGAAGAAAAAGACGGAUGUAAAUGCCUGUUAUCUGCGAUCCGCUCGGGCCGGGAACCUUGAGAAAGCUUUGGACUACCUGAAGAAUGGAGUCGACAUCAAUAUUUGCAACCAGAACGGUCUCAAUGCUCUCCAUCUGGCCUCCAAGGAGGGCCAUGUGGAGGUGGUGGCUGAGCUCAUCAAGCACGGCGCCAACGUGGACGCAGCGACCAAGAAAGGAAACUCAGCCCUCCACAUAGCUUCCCUCGCUGGACAGACGGACGUGGUGAAAGAACUCGUCACCCACAGUGCCAACGUCAAUGCACAGUCUCAGAAUGGCUUCACUCCGUUGUACAUGGCGGCUCAGGAGAACCACAUGGACGUGGUUCAGUACUUACUGGACCACGGCUCCAGUCAGAGCAUCGCCACAGAGGAUGGUUUCACUCCUCUGGCGGUGGCGUUGCAGCAGGGACACGACCAGGUGGUUUCCCUCCUGCUGGAGAACGACACCAAGGGGAAGGUCCGACUGCCGGCGCUGCACAUCGCCGCACGGAAGGACGACACCAAGGCCGCCGCGCUGCUCCUCCAGAGCGACCACAACGCUGACGUGGAGUCCAAGAUGAUGGUGAAUAGAACAACAGAGAGCGGUUUCACUCCUCUCCAUAUCGCGGCUCACUACGGCAACAUCAACGUAGCAACCCUCCUGCUGAACAGAGGGGCGGCUGUGGACUUCAAGGCAAGGAACGACAUCACACCGCUGCACGUAGCAUCCAAACGAGGCAACGGCAACAUGGUGCGACUGCUGCUGGAGAGAGGGGCCAAGAUAGACGCACGGACCAAGGACGGUCUGACUCCUCUCCACUGUGGAGCCAGGAGCGGUCAUGAGCAGGUGGUGGAGAUGCUGCUGGACCGAGGAGCUCCGAUACUAUCCAAGACAAAGAACGGUUUGUCUCCGCUCCACAUGGCGACGCAGGGCGACCACCUCAACUGCGUCCAGCUGCUGCUGCACCACGAGGUUCCCGUGGACGAUGUGACCAACGACUACCUGACAGCGCUGCACGUCGCCGCCCACUGUGGUCACUACAAGGUGGCGAAGGUCAUCGUGGACAAGAAGGCCAACCCCAACGCCAAGGCUCUGAAUGGUUUCACUCCUCUGCACAUCGCCUGUAAGAAAAACAGAGUCAAGGUGAUGGAGCUUCUUCUGAAGCAUGGAGCAUCGAUACAGGCAGUCACUGAGUCCGGUCUGACUCCGAUCCAUGUUGCAGCGUUUAUGGGACACGACAACAUCGUGCACCAGCUGAUCAACCACGGGGCUUCACCAAACACAAGCAACGUGAGGGGGGAGACGGCACUCCACAUGGCAGCGAGGGCCGGACAGUCAAAUGUGGUCCGAUAUCUGAUCCAGAAUGGAGCACGAGUCGACGCCAGGGCCAAGGACGACCAGACGCCGCUGCACAUCUCGAGCCGUCUCGGUAAGCAAGACAUCGUCAACCAGCUGCUGUCGAACGGAGCGUGCCCAGAUGCCACGACCAACUCCGGAUACACACCUUUACACCUGGCGGCCAGGGAGGGACACCGAGACGUGGCCUCAACGCUGCUGGACCAGGGAGCCAGUCUGGGCAUCAUUACCAAGAAGGGCUUCACUCCUUUGCACGUGGCUGCAAAAUACGGGAAGAUCGAGGUCGCCAACCUGCUGCUGCAGAAAAACGCUCCGUCUGACGCUGCUGGGAAGAGUGGACUAACUCCACUGCAUGUGGCAGCACACUAUGAUAACCAGAAGGUGGCGCUGCUCCUGCUCAACCAGGGAGCUUCACCGCAUGCAGCCGCAAAGAACGGUUACACACCGCUCCACAUCGCCGCUAAGAAGAACCAGAUGGAGAUCACCACCACCUUACUGGAGUACGGCGCCUCCACCAACACCGUGACGCGUCAGGGCAUCACUCCUCUGCACCUCGCCUCUCAGGAAGGAAACAUGGACAUCGUGACGCUGCUGCUGGCUCGAGACGCUCCCAUAAACAUGGGCAAUAAGUCCGGUCUGACUCCACUCCACCUGGCUGCCCAAGAGGAUAAAGUCAACGUUGCUGAGGUCUUAGUCAACCAGGGAGCCACCAUAGACCCCGAGACCAAGCUGGGAUACACUCCUCUCCAUGUGGCCUGUCACUAUGGCAACGUGAAGAUGGUCAACUUCCUGCUGAAGAAUCAGGCGAAGGUCAACGCUAAGACCAAGAACGGAUACACACCUCUCCAUCAGGCUGCACAGCAGGGACACACACACAUCAUCAACUUGCUGCUGCAUCAUGGAGCAUCGCCCAACGAACUCACAGCUAAUGGGAACAGCGCUCUGUCCAUCGCCAGGAGGCUCGGCUACAUCUCUGUGGUUGACACACUCAAAGUGGUCACAGAGGAAACUCUGACCACUCAGACUGUGAUAGAGAAGCACAAGAUGAACGUUCCAGAGACCAUGAACGAGGUGCUGGACAUGUCAGACGAUGAAGUCUUUAGAGGCAAUGUCCCCGAAAUGAUCACAGAGGACUAUAUAUCUGAUGUGGAAGAAGGUGACGAUGCGAUGACGGGGGACACGGACAAAUAUCUGGCCCCCCAGGACCUGAGGGAGCUGGGAGACGACUCGCUCCCUCAGGAGGGCUACAUGGGCUUCAGCGUGGGCGCUCGGUCACAGAGCCUGCGUUCCUUCAGUUCUGAUAGGUCCAACACGCUGAACCGGAGCUCGUUCACGCGGGACAGCAUGAUGAUCGAGGAGAUGCUGGCACCCAAUAAGGAGAUGCAUUUGGCGGUUGCUAAGGACUUUGACAACGAGUCUCUGAGGAGAUACAGCUGGACUGCAGAUGCUCUGGAUAAUGUCAACCUGGUCUCCUCUCCAGUACACUCUGGGUUCCUGGUCAGCUUCAUGGUCGACGCCCGGGGCGGCUCCAUGAGAGGAAGUCGUCACAACGGCAUGCGCAUCAUCAUCCCACCCAGGAAGUGCACCGCGCCCACCAGGAUCACCUGUCGACUGGUGAAGAGGCACAAACUGGCCUCGCCUCCCCCGAUGGUGGAAGGAGAAGGCCUGGCCAGCCGAUUGGUCGAGGUCGGCCCUGCUGGAGCUCAGUUCCUUGGGCCUGUGAUAGUGGAGAUCCCUCAUUUUGGCUCAUUGCGGGGCCAGGAGAGAGAGCUGAUCCUGCUGCGCAGCGAGAACGGAGAAACCUGGAAGGAGCAUCUGUACGACUACAAGACCGACAACCUCAAUCAGCUUCUCAGUGGGAUGGAUGAAGAACUUGACAGUCCUGACGAGCUGGAGAGGAAGAGAAUCUGCCGCAUCAUCACCAAGGACUUCCCACAGUACUUUGCUGUCGUGUCUCGAAUCAGGCAGGAGACCAAUCAGAUGGGACCAGAGGGCGGGACUCUGUGCAGCCGGAGCGUCCCAUUGGUUCAGGCUUCCUUCCCUGAGGGUGCGUUAACCAAGAAGAUCAAAGUUGGACUGCAGGCCCAGCCGGUACCCGAUGACACUGUAAAGAAAAUCCUCGGUAACCGAGCAACCUUCAGCCCCAUCGUUACCGUGGAGCCCAGAAGAAGGAAGUUCCACAAGCCCAUCACCAUGACAAUCCCGAUCCCGCCUCUCUCAGGGGAGGGACUCACCAACGGCUACAAAGGAGACUCUACUCCAUGUCUCCGCCUUCUCUGUAGCAUUACGGGUGGUACGUCACCGGCACAGUGGGAAGACAUCACUGGAACAACUCCUCUCACCUUCGUCAACGACUGCGUCUCCUUCACCACUAAUGUCUCUGCCAGGUUCUGGUUAGCAGACUGCCACCAGAUCCCAGAGACGGUGGGUCUGGCCAUGCAGCUCUACAGGGAGCUCAUCUGCGUUCCCUACAUGGCCAAGUUUGUGGUGUUUGCCAAGACGAACGACCCCGUGGAGUCCAGACUGAGGUGCUUCUGUAUGACGGACGACAAGGUGGAUAAGACCCUGGAGCAGCAGGAGAACUUUGAGGAGGUGGCCAGGAGCAAAGACAUAGAGGUUCUGGAGGGCCGGCCCAUCUAUGUGGACUGCUACGGAAACUUGGCUCCUCUGACCAAAGGUGGUCAGCAGUUAGUUCUCAACUUCUACGCCUUCAAGGAGAACCGUCUGCCCUUCUGUGUCAAGGUGAGAGAUCCCAGCCAGGAGCCCUGCGGUCGUCUCACGUUCCUCAAGGAGUGCAAGACCAUCAAAGGCCUUCCACAAACCGCCGUGUGCAACCUGAACAUCACACUACCUGCAGUGAAAAAGACUGAAAAGCCAGAGCGACGUCAUACCUUUGCAUCCCUAGCCUUACGUAAGCGCUACAGCUAUCUGGCCGAGCCUGCACUGAAAACAGCAGUUGAGCGAAGCACAACAGCAAGAACACUGCCUGCUGGUUACCCUCACAAACCUGUCUUUCCAACCCGACCUUACCCAUCAUGGUCGACUGCUCCUAUUACCGUCCCUGGUCAAACAAGGCCCGUCGGAGUGGGGGGUUCCAUCACCUCUACCGAUUCACCGGCAGGCUCACCAGCUGCUUCUCCAUUGAAAACUUCCUGGCCCCUCUCCUCCCCAUCACCUGCAUGCGCUGCAACAAUCAAAGCCUCCCUGGAGUCAUCCCCAGUUAAAUCAGUUAGCGAAUUGAUGUCUGCAUCCCCCAUCAGGACUUACAGGACUAUGCCCUCACCCAUUAAGACCGUGGUCCAGCUGGGUCAGUACCCUGUCCAGGGGUCUGCCAGCCUUGUGUCCUCUGGGAGCCCAUACAAAGCUGCCACAGAUCCAGCAUCUAUCAAAAACCUUGCUUCUGCAUACACAUCACGGACUUCCCCACUUCACUCGAUACCCAAUGGUUCUGUACCAGAGAGGCCAUCAGUCUCUAUUACUGCUCCAGCAUCGCCAAAGGGUUUUUAUAAAUCUGCCCUUGGAUCCACAAUUGCAACAGAUGCAGGCGCACUUAACCUUUCUCCUGUUAAAAGCAUGUCCAACCUGUCCUCUUUGAAAACCUCUGUAGAUUCAACACUCUCAUCCCGAGGAGGGAGGCCGUCCCUCUCGUCGUCCUCCUCGACAGGACAGACCAUUGCUUCCUCAGAAUUGUCCAUGAUGAACGGAUCAGUCUCUCCUGUAAAAUAUCCAUCCUCCUCCUCCACACCAUCCUCCCCUUCUUCUCGCCAUCUCUCGGAGAGAAGUAUUAGCCUUCAGGAGAGGAUCCAGGCCACCACCCAGGCAGCAACCUCUGGUGUCAGCGCGGCCAUAAAUGAAGCUAUAGACUCGUAUUCUGUGUCGGGUUAUGGCACUCUUAGAUCACUGUCCUCUUCGCGUAGGACUGCAGCAGCAAGCUCUGCUUACGGGUCACUGAGAUCUGUAACUGCCGCCUCCAGCUCGGCGGUUCCUUCUAACACGGUACCUGUGUUUUCGUUAGUCAACGUCAUUCCAGAGACCCCUGUCAAACCAGGGCCCGGGUCUCUCAAAAUGGCACUGCCUGAUUCUUCUCGUGCCUCUUCCUCGUGUUCCUCCUCUUUGUCUUCCUGUGUUACCAUGUCAAAAAUAAAGUCUCAACUGAAAUCCCCUCCGUUCAUCACACCGCCUAUCAUCCACCCAACUGGAACUUCCAACCAGGAGAUACUAAAAGAUGUAGCAGACAUGAAAGAGGACCUGAUCAGAAUGACAGCUAUCCUACAGACAGACACGCAGACAGCAGCUAAAACUGUUCAAACAUCUUAUACUGGCACUCCGAAAGAGACCAAGUUAGAGGAUGAGGAACCUUUUACCCUAGUGGAGAAAGUGAAGGAAGAUUUAGUGAAAGUCAGUGAGAUAUUAAAGAAAGAGGUCAAGAGUCAAGGUAAGGAGAGAGCCUCAGAGGAUGAAUGGGAGGAAUUUUCCAAAGACGAGAUUGAGGAGGCACAAAGAGGUGCCCUUGCAGACAAUUACCCUCCUUUUGAUGAAAACACACUUCUGCUCAAGCAGCAGUCCAUGUCAAGCAAAGACUUAGAGUUGGCUAAAGUAGUAGACUUUUUAACAAAUGACAUUGGGGCCAGCUCUCUCUCAAGAAUGGCAGAGUUAAAAUGUAAGUACGAGGAGGAGGCAAAAAGGGAAGGGGAAGAGAAACAGAAACGUGUUCUUAAGCCAUCCAUGUCGAUACAAGAGCACAAACUCAAAAUGCCUCCACCAGUCUCAGGCAUGCUCAGGUCUCCCUCAGAGAAGGACCUGAGCAAACUUACUGAAUCAUAUCAGGGGACGGACACUAUUUUGGAGUCACCCGAGGACCUGUCCCAUGAGCAGGAUAAGAGUCCACUGUCAGACAGUGGGUUUGAGACGAGAAGUGAAAAGACGCCCUCUGCUCCUCAGAGUGCAGAGAGUACAGGACCCAAGCCUUUAUUCACUGAUUCACCCAUACCUCCGUGCGUGACUGAGACCAGGAGUGAAAUGGUCCAGAUUAGGAGUUAUGAGCAUGCUGAUGAUCUUUGGGAGCCUGUAAUCAUGGAGGAGGCAGCAUCUGCUCUUCCUUCUAUAGAGCCAGAUGCAGCUUCAGCGAGCUCAAUGAAUGCUUUACAGAUGAAAAUGCUAGAAGAGGACUCAAUGAUGAACAAAAGUCUGUGUCGUAAAGAGGAAACUCAUAUCACUACUACAACUAGAAUGGUUUAUCACAAGCCCCAACUGACUGAUGCCGCAGAGAUGAUAGAGGAAGGUAUGUCAGUUAGAGAUAUCAUGAAAGCUUUCCAGUCAGGUAGGGACCCAUCUAAAGAUCUAGCAGGCCUCUUUGAACACAAAGCUAGCCAGGAUUCUGUAAAAGGCGAUGAGCUGACUCCUAGAUUUCUUGACAGAGACAUUAAAUCCAAACCCAAAGUUGAAAGGAUAAUCGAAGUUCAUAUCGAAAAGGGCCCUCAGAGUCCCUGUGAGAGAACAGACCUCCGUAUGGCAAUAGUAGCCGACCACCUCGGACUCAGCUGGACUGAGCUGGCCAGGGAGCUGGAUUUCUCUGUGGAUGAGAUCAACUUUAUCAGAGUGGAGAACCCCAAUUCCCUGACAGCACAGAGCUUCAUGCUCCUAAAGAAAUGGGUGCACAGGGACGGUAAAAACGCCACAACGGAUGCUUUAACUGCGGUGCUGACUAAGAUCAAUCGGUUGGAUAUUGUGACUUUGCUGGAAGGGCCCAUAUUUGACUACGGUAACAUUUCAGGCACACGCUGCUUUGCCGAUGAUAACGCAGUAUUCCCGGAUCAGUCCGAUGGAUACGACAAUAUAGAUCUGGAGCUGCAAACCCCCACAGAACUGAACUACCAGCCCCCCACCCCGCUUCGCUCAGACGACUUCUUUAGCGAGGGCGAUGCUAGCGCAGACUCCCCUAGCAAGAUCCCGCUUACUAGACCUAGCGACCUCUCUCUCACUCAGACCACCAGUACGUCCAGCAGCGACCCCCCCACUGUCGCUGCAGGCCCCACUUCCAAUGCCCUGCAGCCCCCUAUCGUUGGGGCUGAAGAUACAGCAUUGACAGCCGGAGAAAGAGCGAUGUCUAAAGAGGAAAAGACGGGGCUGGUUUAUUAUGAGAGGCCAGAUAAUGACAGGAGGUCAGUAGAGCAAUCAGGGAAGGGAACAGACGAGCAUGCUGAGGCCUUAGAGAAAGAACUGAAGGCAGGGAAAAGCGUUGUUUUGGAGCGUCAGGGAGAAGAUGCUGCCUCAGAUACCAAUCAUGGAAACGGAAGACAGGAAGAAGAAGAAGAGGAGGAAGAGGAGAUGACUCCGGAGAGGCUGCAGAGUCUGCUGGAUGACAUAAAGCAGGAGGGAGGCUGGGAGGACGAGGAGAUGACAGAGGAGAGGAUGAAUGCGAUCCUCGAUCAACUACAUCAAACAGAAAAAGACGUGUGUUCAGUUCCAGGCUGGAGAUGUGAGACGUCCGGCACGACCGCAGAGUCGGCAGCCACUUGCCUCAGCCCCGGCACCGAGGAGGGAAGCCCCGACAGUCUGGCUGAUUCGUUGGAGCAGCCCCCGACUCGGACCGACAGACGGAACGGAGGUCACAUUGACGCCGCACCUGAAGAAAAGGAGAAGGAGGCCAAGAGGAAGGGAUCUCAGGAGGACAGCAGCACAGCGGGACCAAGCAAAGGGCGGCAGGAGGGAGGUGAAAGGUCCCAGCACAAAGUCCAGGGAGAGGAAGCCAAAAACAUUCCUGGAGAGUCUGUGACGGAGGAGCAGUUCACAGAUGAAGACGGGAAUCUGGUCACCAGAAAAGUGAUCAGAAAGGUGGUGCGCCGUGUGUUCAACACGGAGGAAAGGAGGGAAAGUGAAGGCGAAGCUGUUACAGAAGAAGGAGCUGCUUCUGCUGGUGGUGCUACUGGUGGUGGUGCCGGUGGUGGUGGUGGUGGUGGUGGUGGUGGUUGGUGGAGCCGCCGCUGCUUCUUCAGCAGGAGGGAAGGGCAAGAAGAGGGGCAAGCGCUCCCGACAGGGCAACAAGGCUGAGAAGUCUGGAGAAAAAACUGAGCCUGGAGGCAACGGCACCAAGAAACAAGGGAAGAAGAGUCAGUCAUAACAGUAGAAGCUCUCAACUAAACCAGGUCCACCGACGUCCAC